AUGUCCGUGAGCGGGUUUCUCCUCCGGAUCUCCCAGUUCCACGCCACACAUGGGACCCACGGUUCUCUCCUACAGCGGUGCCAUUCACACCGGGCUUUGAGCUGCAUGAGGCGGGCAGAGAGGCGGCUACAGCCCGCUCCGGUGCACCGCUGCCGGGGAGAAAACCCCUCGCCUCUACAUUUGAAUGAAAGCAUCUGGCGACAUUGUUACAGACACUACGCUCGACCACAGCCUUCGUCUAAAGAGGAUCCUAAAAAAACAGGGCCUGUGACCUGGAAGUCUCUGGCAAUCACCUUCGCCAUUGGAGGAACCCUACUCGGGGCCAUGAAGCUCUUCAAAAAGGAGAAGGAGGAAUUGCUGGAGAAAGAGCGGAACCGUUCGGUGGGGCGGCCGUUGCUGGGGGGACCCUUUUCUCUGGUGGACCAUCAGAAGAAGGAAGUGAGAAGCGAGGACUUCCUGGGACAGUGGCUCCUCAUCUACUUCGGUUUCACUCACUGUCCAGACAUCUGCCCUGAUGAGCUGGAGAAGAUGAUCGAGGUGGUGGAGGAGAUAGAUGAAAUCCCGUCUCUCCCAAACCUCACCCCUCUCCUCAUCACCAUCGACCCAGAGAGGGACACGCCUGAGGCCAUGGCCGACUACGUCAAAGAGUUCUCCCCAAAACUGAUCGGUCUGACUGGAUCAGUGUCUCAGAUCGAGCAGGUCUCUCGCUCCUACAGAGUUUACUACAGUCAGGGCCCAAAGGACGAGGACAACGACUACAUUGUGGACCACACCAUCAUCAUGUACCUGGUGGGACCAGAUGGACACUUUGUGGAGUAUUAUGGACAGAACAAGAGAAGCCCAGAGAUCAGCAGCUCCAUUGCCUCUCACAUGAGGAAGUACAAAGGGGGACAGUGA